GCUCUAGCCGCACCCGGCCGUCUCGUUGCUCCUAGUCUGACGUCAUCACACGGCGCCGCCACACGGUCGUGGGCACGCGCAACCAAGAUGUCUCCGACGCCGGCGCUUUUCAGUUUGCCCGAGGCGCGGACGCGGUUUACGAAAUCUACCAGAGAGGCCUUGAAUAACAGAAAUAUCAAGCCAUUGUUGAAUGCCUUCAGUCAGUUACCUGGCAGUGAAAAUGAAAAAAAAUGUACCCUUGACCAGGCUUUCAGAGGUGUUCUGGAAGAAGAAAUUAUAAAUCAUUCGGCAUGUGAGAACGUUUUAGCUAUUAUUUCUCUUGCCAUUGGGGGAGUAACUGAAAGUGUCUGCACUGCGUCCACACCAUUUGUGCUGUUGGGAGACGUCUUGGACUGCCUUCCUUUGGAUCAGUGUGACACAAUAUUCACUUUUGUCGAAAAAAAUGUUGCUACUUGGAAGUCAAAUACAUUCUAUUCUGCUGGCAAAAAUUAUUUACUGCGUAUGUGCAAUGAUCUCCUCAGAAGAUUAUCGAAAUCUCAGAAUACAGUCUUUUGUGGACGAAUUCAGCUCUUUUUGGCCAGGCUUUUUCCUCUAUCUGAAAAAUCAGGUCUUAACUUACAGAGUCAGUUUAACCUGGAAAACGUCACUGUUUUCAAUACAAAUGAGCAGGAAAGCACCCUGGGUCAGAAGCAUACUGAGGAUAGAGAGGAAGGCAUGGAUGUAGAAGAAGGUGAGAUGGGAGAUGAUGAAGCCCCAACAACAUGCUCUAUUCCAAUUGAUUACAACCUAUAUAGAAAAUUCUGGUCGCUUCAGGAUUACUUCAGGAACCCAGUACAAUGCUAUGAGAAGAUUUCUUGGAAAACUUUUCUCAAGUAUUCUGAAGAAGUUUUAGCUGUGUUUAAGAGUUAUAAAUUAGAUGAUACUCAAGCCUCCAGGAAAAAAAUGGAAGAAUUGAAAACAGGAGGAGAGCAUGUAUACUUCGCGAAGUUUCUGACAAGUGAGAAGUUGAUGGAUUUACAACUGAGUGACAGUAACUUUCGGCGACACAUCCUGUUGCAGUACCUCAUUUUAUUUCAAUAUCUCAAGGGACAGGUCAAAUUCAAAAGUUCAAACUAUGUUUUAACUGAUGAGCAAUCACUCUGGAUUGAAGAUACUACAAAAUCAGUCUACCAACUGCUAUCUGAAAACCCCCCCGAUGGAGAAAGAUUUUCAAAGAUGGUAGAGCAUAUAUUAAAUACUGAAGAAAAUUGGAACUCAUGGAAAAAUGAAGGCUGCCCGAGUUUUGUGAAAGAAAGAGCAUCAGACACCAAGCCCGCAAGAGUGGUGAGGAAGAGAGCGGCCCCAGAAGACUUCUUAGGCAAAGGGCCCAACAAGAAAAUCCUGAUUGGCAAUGAAGAGCUAACAAGGCUUUGGAACCUCUGUCCUGAUAAUAUGGAAGCCUGUAAAUCAGAGACAAGAGAGUACAUGCCAACUUUGGAGGAGUUCUUUGAAGAAGCCAUUGAACAAGCAGAUCCUGAAAAUAUGGUUGAAAGUGAAUAUAAAGCUGUGAACAAUUCAAAUUAUGGGUGGAGAGCACUCAGGCUCUUAGCACGGAGAAGCCCUCACUUCUUCCAGCCAACCAACCAGCAGUUUAAGAGUCUCCCAGAGUACCUUGAGAACAUGGUAAUAAAACUAGCCAAAGAACUACCACCUCCUUCUGAAGAAAUAAAAACAGGUGAAGAUGAAGAUGAGGAAGAUAAUGAUGCUUUACUGAAAGAAAAUGAAAGUCCCGAUGUACGGCAAGAUAAACCUCUAACAGGGGAACAGAUAGAGUUAUUUGCUAACAAACUUGGUGAGCAAUGGAAGAUUUUGGCUCCUUACUUGGAAAUUAAAGACUCUGAAAUGAGGCAAAUUGAGAGUGACAGUGAAGACAUGAAGAUGAGGGCCAAGCAGCUCCUUGUUGCAUGGCAAGAUCAAGAAGGAGCUCAUGCAACAACGGAUAAUCUGAUUAGCGCACUAAACAAGUCUGGAUUAAGUGACCUUGCAGAAAGUCUAACUAAUGACACUGAGACAAAUAGUUAGCUUUCUUUCUUUCCUUUGUUUUUUAUUAAACUGUGAUGAGAUUUUGUUACCAAGCAACAUUUGAUAAGAGGUCCACUGGUUUUGGUAAACAAUAAACACUUUUAUAACAGCUGUUGUACAGUUGGCUCAAGAACCACAGAACAGACAUUGGUUCAAACCUUAGUUUGGAGUAUAGGAGGGUGGGGUGGGGGCCAAUGAAAAAUGACCUCAGUGUCACAGACUACUUUUUGUAAGUAUUUUUUUAAUGAAGUUAAGCACUAUUUGAGUAUGUUACAGUCAGUCCUAUCCCAAAUUAGUUUCCUGUGUGUUGUCCCUUAUCAGAUUUAUCCUGAGAUCCCAGAAUGACACUUCCGAAACCUUAGGACUGUUCUCACUCUCAAGCUAGAAAGCAGAGAGUUGGCAAACAAUCUGUUAAAGCGUUCUGCUGGCACUCUGCCAUGCUCACUACAGCAGCAAGAGUUCAAACUGACAAGCAGCAGCUUGCAGAGCCUAAACUAUUUACUGUUUGGCCAAUAUAGAAAAUAUUUACCAUCUCUAACUUUAAAUGAAGUGGAGUCUAAGACGCAACUACUCCAUUAGCUUUACAAAAAUCACUUGGCCCCUUAAGUCCUUAAACACCCAGGGAUUCCUGUCAGUUUAAGUGAAAUGUCUGUGAAAGCGCCCAGACAGCAGAGCAUGUGCAGUCCUGGACUGUCAUCUAGUUGUUCCCAUACAGCAUCUGUGGGGUGCUAAGAUUUCAUCACUGAUGAAGGGCUACUGGGCACAAACUUACUAGGUAAGUGCUCUUGCUUGAACCUUACUCCACUACCUAGUGAAGCAGGGACCAAGCACAGCUCUAGCCUCCACAGGUCCUCGGAGUGCAUUAAGCAAGUAAAGGCACAUGAAGGAAUUAGAA